AACACAAUCCUCCUCGCAGUGUAGUUUAGCGUUUCUGAAAUUUUCUAGGGCAAAAGAACGGAAUCAGAAGUUGUAAAGAGGAAGAAGAAAAAUGGAAGGUGGAGACGAAGGAGUGGAGAUGGUGGUUGAUUCCAAAGACAUGCAACAGCAGAGUAAAGCCUUCGACAAACUCACUGACCGCGUUGAAGAUCGCCAGCUUGAUUCAACUCGUGUUCAAGAAGCUAUGGCUUCCAUUGCUGCUUCCGCUGAAGCUGAUUGGAAUGCUAUGCGUUUGAGGGAGAAAGAAUUAGCUGCUGUUAAGAUAAAUGCAGCAGAUGUUGAUAUAAUUGCAAACGAACUAGAGUUGGACAAAAAGGUGGCUGAAAGGACCUUGCGUGAGCAUAAAGGUGAUGCAGUUGCUGCCAUUCGUCAUUUGCUUCACUAGUGUGGUAGAAACAAACAAGGGCCAAUGUUUCAGAAUGUGAUUUAUUUUAGCUUAUAUUUAUUGUUUUGCAUUGAAAUUUGAACCUCAAGUGUAUACUAUGAUAUGUUAUGAGAUGAUAUGAUAGUUCAUUGGAAAUCUGAACUAUGUUAUUGACUUUGUAAUAACCCCCAUCCCCUCAAAUUUUCUGGUCCAAAAGAAGUUCAUAUUAUCUUAAUGGUGAAACAUGGUGCUUCAUGAAGAUCAUCAUGUUUCUCAUCUAUGUGUGCUUGCUUGUUGGACAUGUAGUUUGUCACCAUCAUACCAGCUUGUACUAAUUUCCACUCAAAUGUGACAGCCUUCCACGGUUUUGUCAUUC